AUGCAGGGAGCAGCAGAGAGCCUGGAUUACAUACUAGACACCAUUCCAGCAUGCCACCCAAUGGAACCAUAUCUUUCCCUGUUGAAGAUCAAUGGAAAAUUGAUUAUCCUUGGGGUUACUAUGGAGCCAUUCACCUUUUCCUCUAACCGUUUAAUCCUUGGAAGGAAGAGCAUAAGUGGGAGUUGCAUUGGCAGCAUAGAGGAAACACAGGAAACUCUAAAUUUCUGUGCAGAGAAGAAAGUUUCAUGCCAGAUUGAGAUUGUGGGUAUGGACUACUUGAACGAAGCAAUGGAAAGACUAGAUAAGAAUGAUGUUCGUUACAGAUUUGUGGUUGAUGUGGGUGCUACCAAUCUAGAUAAGGAAUAA